AGGACGUUGCGUGCUCGCUCGCGCCAGGCGAGUCUCCGCGUCUCCCUCGCGAACUCGGUGAAAGGAAUUGGCGCCGUUCGACAGCAGACGGGUCCGCUCUGCAGCACGCACCCUUCUCCAGCCGCAGCUGCCGCCCGGGCCGACGAGCAGCCGCCACCAGUGGCCGACGGAGGGGAGCCGAGGUUGAGCCAGCACCCAGCGGUGAAUCGGGGCCUCACCAUGAGUUCCUCGCCUGUUAAUGUAAAAAAGCUGAAGGUGUCGGAGCUGAAAGAGGAGCUCAAGAAGCGGCGCCUGUCCGAUAAAGGCCUCAAGGCCGAGCUCAUGGAUCGGCUCCAGGCCGCGCUAGACGACGAGGAGGCCGGGGGCCGCCCCGCCAUGGAGCCCGGGAACGGCAGCCUCGACCUGGGCGGGGAUUCCAUCUCGUGUGUUUCGUCGUUUAGAAAAUCGAUUAAGAAGAGUAAUAGGGUACGGUCGAGUUUUUGUUUUUUGUUUUUUGUUUUUUUCCUUCCCUUUGAUAUAGAAACGGUGCUUUUUGGAAUUUUUGUGUUCGCCGUCCCGAUUUCUGGUAUUUGUGGUAGUCUUGCGGCUUGGCUUCUUAAAGGGGUGUUAUGUGUUAUAGGAGAUGGCAAAACAGAGCAGAAAGGCGGAGAUAAAAAGAGAGGCGUUAAGAGACCUCGAGAAGAUCAUGGCCGAGGAUAUUUUGAGUACAUCGAAGAAAACAAAUACAGCAGAGCCAAAUCUCCUCAGCCACCUGUUGAAGAAGAAGAUGAGCACUUCGAUGACACAGUGGUUUGUCUUGAUACUUAUAAUUGUGAUCUACAUUUUAAAAUAUCAAGAGAUCGCCUCAGUGCUUCUUCCCUUACUAUGGAGAGCUUUGCUUUUCUUUGGGCUGGAGGAAGGGCCUCCUAUGGUGUGUCAAAAGGCAAAGUCUGUUUUGAGAUGAAGGUUACAGAGAAAAUCCCUGUAAGGCAUUUAUAUACAAAAGAUAUUGACAUACAUGAAGUUCGGAUUGGAUGGUCACUAACCACAAGUGGAAUGUUGCUUGGCGAAGAAGAAUUUUCUUACGGAUAUUCUCUGAAAGGAAUAAAAACAUGCAACUGUGAGACAGAAGAUUAUGGAGAAAAGUUUGAUGAAAAUGAUGUGAUUACUUGUUUUGCUAACUUUGAAAGUGAUGAAGUAGAACUUUCCUAUGCUAAGAAUGGACAAGAACUUGGUGUUGCCUUCAAAAUUAGUAAGGAAAUUCUUGCUGGGCGGCCACUGUUCCCACAUGUUCUCUGCCACAACUGUGCAGUUGAAUUUAAUUUCGGUCAGAAGGAAAAGCCAUAUUUUCCAAUACCUGAAGACUAUACUUUUAUCCAAGAUGUCCCCUUAGAGGAUCGAGUAAGAGGACCGAAGGGGCCUGAAGAAAAGAAAGAUUGUGAAGUUGUGAUGAUGAUUGGCUUGCCAGGAGCUGGAAAAACUACUUGGGUUACUAAACAUGCAGCUGAAAAUCCUGGUAAAUAUAACAUUCUUGGAACAAAUACUAUUAUGGACAAAAUGAUGGUGGCAGGUUUUAAGAAGCAAAUGGCAGAUACUGGAAAGCUGAACACACUGUUGCAGCGAGCCCCACAGUGUCUUGGAAAGUUCAUAGAGAUUGCUGCCCGUAAGAAGCGAAAUUUCAUUCUGGAUCAGACAAAUGUGUCUGCUGCUGCCCAGAGAAGAAAAAUGUGCCUGUUUGCAGGCUUCCAGCGAAAAGCUGUGGUAGUUUGCCCAAAAGAUGAAGACUAUAAACAGAGAACACAGAAGAAAGCAGAAGUAGAGGGAAAAGACCUGCCAGAACACGCAGUCCUAAAAAUGAAAGGAAACUUUACCCUGCCAGAAGUAGCUGAGUGCUUUGAUGAAAUAACCUAUGUUGAACUUCAGAAGGAAGAAGCCCAGAAACUUUUGGAGCAAUAUAAGGAAGAAAGCAAAAAAGCACUUCCACCAGAAAAGAAACAGAACACUGGCUCAAAGAAGAGCAAUAAAAAUAAGAGUGGCAAAAACCAGUUUAACAGAGGUGGUGGCCAUAGAGGACGCGGAGGAUUCAAUAUGCGAGGUGGAAACUUCAGAGGGGGAGCUCCUGGGAACCGUGGUGGAUAUAAUAGGAGGGGCAAUAUGCCUCAGAGAGGUGGUGGAGGUGGUGGAAGUGGUGGAAUCGGUUAUCCAUACCCUCGUGGCCCUGUUUUUCCUGGCCGAGGUGGCUAUUCAAACAGAGGGAACUACAACAGAGGUGGAAUGCCUAACAGAGGGAACUACAACCAGAACUUCAGAGGACGAGGAAACAAUCGUGGCUACAAAAAUCAAUCUCAGGGCUACAACCAGUGGCAGCAGGGUCAAUUCUGGGGUCAGAAGCCAUGGAGUCAGCAUUAUCACCAAGGAUAUUAUUGAAUACCCAAAUAAAACGAACUGAUACAUAUUUCUCCAAAACCUUCACAAGAAGUCGACUGUUUUCUUUAGUAGGCUAACUUUUUAAACAUUCCACAAGAGGAAGUGCCUGCGGGUUCCUUUUUUAGAAGCUUUUCUGUCCAUGUGAAUGUGCUGUGUGGAAGAGUAAAAGGGCCCAACUAAAUGUGUUCCAGUGAUUCUAAUAGGUAUUCCAAAUUAAUUGUAUAUUUAACAGUUGUUAUGUUAGGGUUCUAGGAUCACCUUCAGUACAACUUAGCUUUAAAGAUGUGGGGAAAAGUAAUUGGUAAGCAGAUGGACAGAUUCUCAGAGAAAAGCGAGUUUUCGGAUUUUCCCUUUGCAUACCUGCACCGAGUAUUUGGUGUCCUCUCUGCAGUUGGAUGUCCUUCCAUAUAGCUUUGUAUGAAACAAUAUUUACUAUCCUCCCUGACAUUAGAAAUUAAAUAAAAACUUGAGUUCUAAUGCAAAACGAGUAAGAUAACUUUCUGUCCUUGUUUUCCCAUCAUUUCUGCAUUUAUACACAAACUGCUUUAGAACAUCUGGAAAACACUGCGCUCCUUUUGGGUACUGAAGUAAUCAUUAAAAGUGUAAAGUCAGUUGGGAAGUCAAUUUGACACAGACAGAAUGGGAAGGUUCGUGGUGUAAGGUCUGGUCAUGCCAGUGCGGAGCAUAUAAUGUGUGUACAUCUGACUGAUACACUCGGAGGAAAUUAAGUUUUCCAACUCUGUAUUGCAGAAUAAUGUAUAGACAAAAUGAGAGGACUUGGGUGCAGGUGUAACUAGGUAGCAACAUUAAACUCCAUGCAUUAUGGCUCUGAAGGCAAACCUCAUGGCUUUUAAAGAGCAGGCAACUCAAGUUUCAUAACCAUUUCUGUUCAUUGCCAAAAAAACCCAUGAAACUAGAAAAAUAAAAUUUGUUUCAAAAAUAAGCUUUGAAUUUAUGUGAUAAAGCAUGCUUUUUUUCACUUGUCUUCAUGGUAUAGUGGAAGAAACAUUUACAUGGAAACAUCUUUUAUAAAAGCUGUGUGUACAGAGAUUAUUUUGAUACAACUAAGAGCUUGCCCUUGUGAUGGGUGGUUUAUAGUGUGGGAUUUAAUUCCUAGGAAAAGGUGGAAGGGCUACCACCCGUUGCCUUGAUCCAUUCUUUCAAAAACAGAAGUCUUAAAAGUGUCUAUUAAUGUAAUCAGUGGUAGCCUUAAGAUGAAAAUAAUGUAAUGUCAUUCUUAUUCUAGUGAAUAUAAUGGUUGAAAAGCACUCAAAAUAUUUGCAACACAUCUGUAGUGCUCACAUUAUAAACUUGAAAUGCAAUACUUUGAAGAAUAUAUUCAUAAUAAAAAUUUUGUCCCAGCUGUUUCCCUUUAAAAAGAAAAUUUUAAGUUUUUAAUGUAUAAAGUAAGCUGUGUGGAAAUACCAGUAUUUGGGUAGUGAUAUUGGCAUAUUGACCUGAUUUGAUAUUUACUGGACUAUUUUAAGAUGCUUCCAAAGUUUAUUUUAUUCUAGAGAACUGCUACAAAUAAUUACAGCAACCGUUUUGAUUUUUCUACUUUGCUCACUAAGGUCUGCUUACCCAAAGUAUAGUGUAUUAUUUUAUAACAUGACUUUUAAAAGGGUGGCUUGACCCCGUCACAGAUUUUUAUCUAGGAAUAGGAGGAUUCAAACCCUGUUUGAUCCCUCUUUGCUGAAAAGUGCAUAAACAGGAAUCCUGAAUUUAUUAUGUAGACCUCCUCGCAUUAUAUAAUCGAAGCAAAGGGAAACCAGCGAUGGAGUUAGAGGUACGUAGACUAAUAAAGAGAUGCUUGCAAAUCAAAUAAUGGUUCUAGUGCAGUCAAGAACUUAUUGCCAAACUCAGUCAAUAUAAAUCAAAUCAGAGAAGAGCUUCUAAUUUUAAUUCCCUGAGGUCCCUUUUACUGAGAUCCAAAAGCAAGUCAAAAAAGGAGGGGUGAGGGAAGGGGAAAAUGCAUAAAGUGCUAGAUUUAUGAAAGAGGUAUUGUAGAAAAGCUGCCAAAAGUUUUCAUAACUAAUAACUACAAUUCUAUUUUAAUCAGCUAUUUAGCUGGUACCUACUGCUAUAUCACCUAGUGUGAGAUUUCGGAAUUAAUGGAACAAUGAAGGAAGCCGUGUGCUGGAGGCUCCCAAGGGAGUAUAGAAGGUCUUCAGUUUGUGCAUUCUUCUGUGAAAAUGAACCUUGUUAAAUGAUGAAGGCAUUGCUGAGGGGUUUUUCUGAUUACUCAGGGUAAGAUGUAAUUGUGUUGUGGUAGAGCUGGAAGACAAUAGUUGCCUGGUUUUACAUGUUACAUGUGUUAGUAAAAUGUCCUGUCUGCAUAGCUUGUUAAAAUGUCACAUUAUUUAUUAAUGCUUACUAUUUUCCCGCAGUCGAGCAGUGCUGCUUAUUAAAAACUGCCAUGUUUUGAGACAGGGUCUUACUCUGGUCUCCAACUUACAGCGAUCCUCCUGCUCCAGCCUCCAGAGAGCUAGGAUUGCAGGCCUGCACCACUACAGCUGGCAAAACCAGUUACAUGUUGGUCUGUACCAGUAAGGGUUGGCAGACUCUGUAAUUGCAUUUUCCUCCAAUAAAUCAGUGUUCGAGUCCUGUUGUGUGGCUACCAAAUCAGAAUCAGUAAAAUUUGUUAAAACAUGUGCUUGGCAACAUUCCCUGGGACUUGUGGCAUUUGUAAACCACAUGGCCUUUACCCUAACCCUCAGUGACAGUCACAAAAAUGCCUCUGCUGAAUGGAAGUGAACCAACCAAGCCCCUUCUUUAAAGUAAUGUUUUCUAAAACUAAUUGGAAGAUUUCUCCUAGAUGAAUUGAGAAUCAAUAGUGAGUGCCUUUAUUUUUUUUAAAGAAUUUUUAAAAUUUUUAAAAAUUGCAAUAGAUUGACAGGUGUCUUAUUUACAUUAAGGUAACAAUGCAUAAUUUAACCAAACAUUUUCAUAUCAAAACACUUGUACUGUGCAUAAACUGAAUUCACUUAAAAUGUUGCAUAAUUCUAAAAAUAUUAAUGCCAACUGAAAACGUGAGGUGGUGAUUUGUUUUUAAGGCAAGUUUAAAAAUAUAGUUGGGAUGUUUUCUUAAAAUCCCAACAUUUAUUUUUUGGUACCAGGGAUCGAACUUAGAACUUGAGCUUGUGAGGCAGGAAAUCUCAACAUUAAACCCACUGCUUGGUGCAAAGAAACUUACCACUAGAUUUUUAGAAUUCUUAAUCACAUCGUCAGUAAAUUCUACUUAAGCAUGCAUGACAGGUCUGUUCCAACACAGGAAUGCUGAGCCGACAGUAAAGGGCCACAAUGAGUUAGCAAGUUUUCCUACAAGUAUGAAAAAGACAGACUAUGGUUUACACAUACUUUAUUUUACUGGAUUGAGAUCUUUUGUAUUGUGUGUAUAAAAUGCUGUGUAGUUGAUUCCAACAUUGUUCACACUGACGUCACGAGUUCUGUUUUCCAUGUUCAAGUUACUACUCAGUUGCUGCUGUUGGUUUUUUUUCUUUCAGGAUCGAGGUGGGUGCUUUCAUAUAAAAUCUUAUUUUUCAUUCCUUCUCUGGCUGUUCUUUGCCGUAUUCUUUCCUUUGCAUAAUUAUACCUGCAAUGGAACCUUAUGAAAAAAUAUAGGUAAAUAUACAUAUAAUGAAGUUCCUAUAGAAAUUUAUAAAGUUUAGCUCUUUAUGAUCACAGAAUUUUCAAAUGCUUACUGGUGAAAAUCUGAAGUUUAAGUUACAAAUAUUCUAAUAGAGUGCUGUUUGUGUCACAAUAGCUAUACUUGCAUAAGAUGAGGAUUUGUCACCUUAGUUUUAAGUGUUGUAAAACACAUAUUUGAGAUUCAUCCCGUAAUUGUUUUACAUUAAUCAUCAGAACAAGCAGGGAUGAAUUAGAAGGUAAACAGUUCAUAGUGGAAUGUCAUUUGUUAAUCUGUUCCAGCAUCCAACAAAUGGUUUUAAUAUGUGGCUAUACUCAAAGGCAUUCCAGCAACAUUGCUUUGUAAGAUGGAUUUCUAUUAAAAGAGCCUUUUAAAAAUAAGAUUCUCAGAAGGCAGAUUUCCCAAUGAGAUGUUUUGGAAAGAACACAUGCUUUUGAGCUAGAUGACCCAGGUUUUCUGGACUAGAUGCAAACAUACCAGCAUCCUAAGGUCACCAGGACGAAUCCUCCUACACCAGCAUCGCAUGACCUUCUAAUUCUGCCUGUCAGGAAUAAGCAUAACCACUAGAAUGAUUAGAAUAUAGUUCCAUAAAGUUGUCAUUCCAUGUAGAAAAAUUGUUUUCCACAGAGAAAAUAUUCUGCAUAGAGAUACAAGCGUAGAUACUCACUAGUUAACAGAAAGUGUCCAAGUCCGGCCACAACAGAUCCUAAUGAACCAUACAAUAUUGAAUCCCGUGCACAGGGAAUGUUUUCAACAUCUAAAAUUCCUAGGAGCUUAAAGGGCUAGAUUAAAAAACAAAACAAAACAAAAAGAAAAACCAAAAACUUAGGUUGAAUAAGAAUAUUGUAGUUAAGGGUAAUGUAGCAAACAUUACAUUGUAAGCAGUUUAGGGCAAACAGUUACUAGAUCAUGCCAAUCAACAACCCUGAAUUUGUUAUACAGUUGAAUCUAUAAAUUAGUUUUGCUUUUUGUUUUUGGUACCUGGGAUCGAACUCGAGACCUUGCGCUUGAGAGGCAGGUGGCAGAACCACUGAGCUAAAUCCCUGCCUUGAACCUAUAAAUUAGAAAUGUUGAAAAUCUGCCCAGAAAGCCCUAAGCAGUAGUACAACUUUGCAUUCUGACAUAACUUAAUAAGCUGACUUGGAAAUCAAGAACUUUUAGGUGAAUUCCUUUGGGAACUUUUCAUUUCACUGAAAAAAAUAUUUCACUGAUUUGGGAAGCAUAGAUGAGAAAAUUAUUUGAACCAUGUUUGCUUAUAAUAUUUAAACAGCGUUAAGAGCUUCUUCAUUUCAUUUCAGGUUUAUUGGUGUUGAGAUGAAUAUCAGCUGCGGUUAUAACAAACCUUUCAUAUUAACAUGAACAUGAGUAAUGUAUUUCUCUCUCAUCUCAGUUUCCCUGCCUGUAACAUGAAGUUGCACCUUAAUCUGAUUGAUUCUGUAUGGAACCCACAGCUAGGUAAAUCCUGAGUGAACUUUUAUGUCAGCACUGCCUCAAUCUAAAAUGAAUGGGACUGAGUUUCUUCAAGUGCUACAGUGAAUUAUUUUUAUUGUGUUUUAUUAACUUAUUUUUUCCGUAUGCUCACCCAGAUGCCUGUCAGUCUCACAGACUAUCUGACCGGCAGAAAUUUGUUUUGUGAGACCGGAUCUCACUGUGCACUCAGCUUUACCUCAGCCUCCCGAUUUCUGGGAUCACAGGUGCACAUCACCAUGCAGGCUUGACUGGUAUUUGUGUUAGUUAAGGCCUGUAGGGCCUGGGUUGUGUCCUCAGUGGUCGAGAGCACUUCUCUAGUGUGUGGAAGGCAGUGUUAAAAACGCUCAAAAGACUUAAAUGUUGCUGAUGUUUUCUAGAACUUGGUUAGAUGUAAGUCUUCACUACUGCUUUAAAAAAAUUCAUUGGUGUAGUGUGAGGCAACUAACCUAGGAGGGGGAAAGGACAGUAAAGAGCAAGCCAAGAGUGAAGGUCAGGCAUGAAUGACGGUUACUCCAUUGUAUCUCACCCAUGUUUACUUCUUUGGCUUAAGCGUCUGCUGGUAAAGACAAAAUGUGACUUAUUCCAUAUUAAAGUAAAAGUUACAUGCUCUUGAAUUGUUUGUUUCUUUUUUUUUUUUCCUUUUGCUGUUCCUGUUCCCCUCUCCCCGCACAGGAUUGCAUCACUAAUAACCCAGCAGGUGCUUUGUUCUACUUGAAGGCUUUAAAGCUCUGUAGUGCAGUGUAGAUCUUAACAUAAAAGGCUGGGGGAACUUUUUUUUUUAACCUUGCUAGCUCAGAAAGCUCAGGAAUAAUGUGGUGUGGUCAGGCGAAGCUGCUCUGCUGACUGGGAUGCUGGACUUUGCUCCAGCCACCACCAGUGAAUGUCAGCCCACUUCCCUAGGAUGGAGUAUUGGGCUUGGGACCUGGGGAUAUGAGGCUUCUCAGCACCAGCUUUACCAUGAGUGCUGUGAUAAAAACUAUAUAGAAGAUGGCCACACCCA